CCGCAACAGCGUCAAAAUUGCACUAAACGGCUUGAAAGAAGGCGGCCGGCGGCCGCCAAAUUCACACUCGGUGACUCACUCAUUUGGGGCCUUGGCUCAUUUGUUGGUUCUCGGGGAGCGGGGAAGGUGCUGCUGGAAGGACCGUCUGUGUCAGGCAUCACACUUGAAAAUCAUGAAGCUCUACUAUCUGCUAGUGCUGUUCUUGGCUUUUUGCUUGGAAAUCGAUGCCCAGAACCCGGACAUCACAGAUACUGUGUAUUUUGAUAUAACCAUCGGCGGUCGCCCGGCCGGCCGCAUCGAGAUCGGCUUGUUUGGUAAUGCAGUGCCAAAAACGGCGGGCAACUUUAAGACGCUGGCUACCACUGGCGCCACUCUGAAUGGCGUUUCGGGGAGCUACCGGGGCAGUCCAUUCCAUCGCGUGAUCAAGGACUUCAUGAUUCAGGGCGGUGACUUCACCAACAAGGACGGCACCGGCGGCUUCAGCAGCUUCGGCACCAGGUCGUUCGCCGACGAGAACUUUUCGCUGAAGCACACGGCGCCCGGCUUCCUGUCCAUGGCCAACUCGGGCCCGGACACUAACGGCAGUCAAUUCUUCAUCACUACGGUGCCGACGCCCUGGCUCGACGGCAAGCACGUCGUCUUUGGAAAGGUUACCAAAGGCAUGAAGGUCGUCCAGCAGAUCGAGAACCUCCCGACGUCGGGUCGGAACAACCGGCCCAUUGAAGAGGUGCUCAUCUCGGACUCCGGGCUCGUCCAAAACCCGGCCGCGGCAUCGCCCGACAACCCGGCCCCAGAGGGCGCUGGUCCCAGCGACCCGGCCCCAGGGGACGCUGGUCCCAGCGGCUCGGCCCCAGGGGGCGCUGGUCUGACAGCUCCGCUGCUGGGGCUGUCGCUCGCGAUGGCUGCCCUGGUCCUGUGAGGUGCGCACGGCCCUGCACAACUCAUUGGCACGGUGCCAACGUUGCGAAACAGGGCGAUUCCAAUAUGAUUAAAUGUUGUAUUUUGGUGUUGUUUACCUCUUUUUAGGGCGUCCCGGCGUCCUAUGUCCUGAACAGUGAUAAACUAUCGUUCCUACCUUUUACCCGGUUUAUUCGCUGCUGCAACUGGCUUUAUUGUAUUGCUUGGAAACUCAAAUUCCAUAAUUGCUAGAUUGUUGACUACUGACAUUCCCGAAAAUCCUGGAAUAGGCUUGGUGUCUGUUGUAUACCGAUUUGCAAUCUUGGUUUAUGCAUUUUUUGCUAGAUGUAUAUUUACUUCGUAGUUUAAUACGUUAAAUCACAAUUUAAAAUCACGUGCCUUCCAAUUUUGUAUUCAUGAACUGUCUUCUACAUAAAAAAUGUAUGCAGUGACAAUAAUAUCGAAAUGUUGUCAGAUAGCCCACGGCAGCCGGUAGGGCAGCUGACGCCAGUGCCGCGAUACCAGUCUGCUGAACACAGCGUUCCGGUUAACCCAUGGACGAAUCUCCACAAACACAUGUUACGCACUGCAGUCAUUCAGGAGCAAUAGGCGAUCUGAGAUUGGAUGUCAAGCGUCUCUGUGUUCAUGGCUCAUGUUGUGAUUGCGAUCCCACAUCCAUCUUUUGAUACGACCGAUUUUAGAGACAGCAUGGUUGUGAACCUUGCCGAUGAUCUCCAGAUGCGUGCAAUAGAGGUGGCAAAAGAUAAAAAAUUUGGGAACCAGACUCGAACCAGACCCGGCUGGACAUCUCUGGAACCAGUCGGACCCGGUCUUAGUUGGAACCGGAACCAGUUGGACCCGUUCCCCAAAAGUCAAUUGAUACAAACUACUUGUAGGAAUCAUUAGUUGCAUCAUGUAAAACAGCCUAUUUCCCACUGGGGAUACUCAUGAGCUACUGUGUGCAAAGAAACAUUCACUUCAUUCCCUUCAUAUUUUGCAAUAGUGUGUAGUGUGCAAGAUGUAUAGUUUAUGGUAGGACCCGGUUGGACCCGUCAGAAAAUUUCCAGGAACCGGUCUGGACCCAUAUGGGUCCAGACUGGUUCUUUGGACCGGAUCCUCGGGUCCACAUUUUGCCACCUCUAGCGUGCAUUUGUGAAUUGGCAGAACACCACAUCAACUGCAUACCUCGAUUUCAGGGCUUCGAUUCCAUCCGAUGUCACAUUUAGGGCGUGGCAAUCAUGUGCCAAUUGCUUGUGUUGUGAGCUUAUGGUAGUUUACCUAUUUGUCAGCUGUUGUCAUGUCAGUCGGUGUCUUGGUGUCAUUAAAAAUACAGUGUAAAGCAGG